GGUGGUGGUGGCAGGAGGGGACCAGCGAGGGCUGGCCCCGUCCCUGCAGCUCUCUGCUGUCCCCUUUGCUCCCGGCGGGAUCUGCCCAGGCCAAGGCAGAUCCAUCAGGAUGCGACGGAGGAACAAGGGAAACCCGGGGUGGGGGUUUCCUGAGCUUCUGAUGAUUCCAAGCAUCAUUCCGUGCCCAAAAACUUGGAUGGAAGCAGCCAGCAGGUCUGCGGGCACCUGGACCACCUGGACCACGGCUGCUCCUGCCCAUUCCCAGAGCACCAGCAGCUGGAAUUUCCCUUUGCUGGAAAGGCUGCGUGCGGUUUUUGCCUUUGUUUUCGGGAAACCCGGAGCUGGGGCUGAGGGAGGGAGGAAAAGCCUUCAACUCGGUGAUAACGGCCGCCUUUCGCUUUUUAUCAGAUGUCCCGUAUUUGGUCUCGGUAUCAGGGGCUGGGUGAGGAGGGAAAUCAGGCGGUGACGAAGGCGAGGGUGGGAGCAGGGAUUGAGGGCAGGGGGAAGGAGCUGGGCACGGAUCUGGCCAUUCCCAGCCUGUCCCGGCCCCGGAGCUGCCACCGAGCCACCGCCGGGGACAUGUGGGGGCUGGCGCUGGCCCUGCUGUGCCUCCCGCUCGGGGAGGGGAUGCUCAGGAUCCCCCUGAGGAGGGGCAGGUCUGUGCGGGAGCUGAUCAGAGAGGAGCUGCCCGAGGGGCUCCUGAACACCCUGCCGGGGGACCCGGGGAGGAAAUACCAGCUCCGAGGCGCUGUGACUUAUGAACCUCUGCUGAACCACCUGGAUACCUUCUACUUCGGGGAGAUCGGCAUCGGGACCCCUCCCCAAAACUUCCUGGUGAUCUUUGACACCGGCUCUGCCAACCUCUGGGUGCCCUCCACCUACUGCCAGAGCCCAGCCUGCGAGGAUCACGCCAGGUUCAACCACAGCCUGUCCUCCACCUUCCUGGGCAUCGACGCCAGCUACACCCUGAGCUACGGCUUUGGGGACGUGUCGGUGGCGUUGGGAUGUGACACUGUGACAAUCCAGAACAUCACCCUCAGGGACCAGGAGUUCGGGCUGAGCCUGGACGAGCCCAGCAGCCCCUUCUCCUACCUGGGCUUCGACGGGAUUUUAGGCUUGGCUUACCCGGGCGUUGCCAUCCCCGGCUUCCCCACGCUGCUGCAGAAUUUGCUGCAGCAGGAGCAGCUCAGCAAACCCAUCUUCAGCUUCUUCUUCUCGCGCAACCCCACCUACAAUUACGGCGGGGAAAUCAUCCUGGGCGGGGUUGACGCCCAGCUCUUCUCCGGGGAGAUUUUCUGGGCUCCGGUGAUCCAGGAAUUUUACUGGAAGAUCGGCGUCGAGGGGUUUUCCGUGGGGAUGGAGGUCACUGGAUGGUGCAGCCAAGGUUGUCACGGGAUUGUGGACACGGGGACUUUCCUGCUGACGGUGCCAGGUCCCUUCAUGCCAGCGCUGCUGCGGGCUCUGGGUGCCCAGGAGAGCGACCGUGGGUUCCUCGUUGACUGCAGCACCGUCCCCAAAAUGCCCAGCCUCUAUUUCGCCAUCGCCGGAGCCUGGUUACCGCUGCCUCCCUCCGUCUACGUCCUGCAGAACGAUGGGAUUUGCACGGUGGGGGUGGAAAGCACCUACGUGUCCUCUGCCAGCGGCCAGCCCCUCUGGAUCCUGGGGAACCUCUUCCUCCGGCAGUAUUAUUCCAUCUUCGACGUGGCCAACAACAGGGUGGGCUUUGCCACGGCGUCCCAGGGAUGCUGAGCAGCAUCCGGGGGGGAUUUCAGCCCUGGAAAAAGCUUCUCCUCCUUCGGAUGCGGGUGUGGUGAUGAGCUGUGAAUAAAAGACUGAAUCCAACUCAGCGCUCCAGAUCCUUGCUGGAGCUGCCUGGGAGGCCGGGAUGAGUGGGAGAAUUUCAGGCUGAGCCCUGGCUGGAGG